CACAACGCUGUAGAACCCGUCAAAAGCAGGAUCGGACAGACCAAACCUUUCAUCAUGCCUGGACUCGUCGAGAAGAAGCGCAAGCGUACCGAUGCUACCGCCGUCGCAAAACCUACCAAGUCGAAGAAAGUAAAGGCCGCCAGCAAGGACGGUGAAGAUGAUCCUCAGGCCCAGAUGCUACUGCUAGAACAACAAAUUCUCGAGUCGCCAUCGAACUACCCAAAUAUCACCAGCCUCCUCAAGUUUCUCAAGUCCAAAGAUGCAACCCAAAAGGUCACCGCCGCUAUUGCACUAUGCCGUGUUUUCUGUCGCUUGAUGGCCGCCGAGAGAAUGGUAAAGCAGAAAACCAUGAAUGAGGAGGAAAUCGAGCAAGUGGACUGGCUCAAGACACAAUACAAGGAGUACGGACGCCAGCUGGGCCGUCUGUUGGCAAGCGAAGAGCUUCAAAGCACGUCCCUGACUCUUCUGAUGCGUCUGGUCAAGGAGGAAACAUCACAGGACGGCCGCCGUGCUGAACAGGCCUGGAGAACUGGUAUCUUCGCAGACCUGAUCCUGGGGCUAGUAGCAUCGCCCGAUGCUGCUGGUGCGCGCGAAGAGUUUAUGGAGAAAUUUGUCGAGGAGCAUGACGACGUCCGUUACUUCACCUUUUACGCUGUCGCAAACAUCCUGGCUCGCUCACCCGAGGACCACGAUCGCCAGACACUCGUAUCGAACGCCCUCUCGCUGCUUCUGCUCAUCGAGAAUGCACCGGAUUCGGAAACUCAGUUGGAAGACUGGUACGGUCAGGUCCCUGGAGGCCGCAAGCACGCCCUCUUGUCUCUGUCCUCGCACCGCAAGACAGCACAAGAAGCAUGGCUCGCCAUCUUCCGCUCAGCUCUUACCAAGGAAGAGCGCAAAUCUAUCCUCCACCAUUUGACCAACCGCAUCGUACCUUGGUUCACCAAGCCCGAGUCGCUCAUGGACUUCUUGACAGACAGCUACGAUGCUGGCGGUGCCACUUCUCUGCUCGCCCUGUCUGGUCUCUUCUACCUCAUCGCACAGAAGAACCUCGACUACCCUGCCUUCUACACAAAGCUCUACUCUCUGCUCGACGACACGCUGCUGCACUCGAAACACCGCAGUCGCUUCUUCCGCCUACUUGACACCUUCAUGAGUUCUACCCAUCUGCCUUCCGCUUUGGUCGCCAGCUUCAUCAAGAGAUUGUCAAGACUAGCGCUGCACGCACCACCUGCCGCUAUUGUAGUGGUGGUACCUUGGGUCUACAACAUGCUGCUGCGUCAUCGUACUUGCACAUUCAUGAUUCACCGCGAAGUUCGCGGUGAGGCGCAACGUAAGCAGCUUGAGGCUGAAGGUAUGGAUGACUCCUUCUCGAUGGAUGAGAUGGAUCCCAUGGAGACUGGCGCUAUCGAUUCAUCGCUCUGGGAGCUCGAGACAUUGGCUUCACACUAUCACCCCAACGUAGCAACGCUGGCAAGAAUCAUCCAGGAGCAGUUCACAAAGAAGAAUUACAACAUGGAGGACUUCUUGGACCACAACUACCAAGGUCUGAUCGAUGCAGAGUUGGGCAAAGAGAUGAAGAAGACACCGGUGGUUGAGUUUGAGAUUCCGAAGAGAAUCAUCACGACCGAGGAGGGUGGAUUGAACGAUCUGGGUAGCCUGCUGCAGACCGCUGUUCAGGCAUUGUAG